AUGACGAUGACGCAUGAAAUGGAAACUCAAAUGUCAAGCCAUUUGGAGCAUGCGGAAAUGGAAAAUGCGAGAAAUGAUGCAAAACAACGUGAUGAAAUUGAAAAAGAAGAAGCAGAAAGGCAAAAAUGGCUUCGAAUUAAGAAAAAACCAAAGCGAAAACGAGUUCUUCCAAUAAUACAACAAUUACCUGAAGGAAUUGCACAAAUACCAACUGAUAAUGCUAGUGAAGAAGCUGAUGAAAGAUUUGCUCAAAGUGUAGCUGAAGAAAUUAAAGCAUUAGCAAUUGAUGAAUUUCAAAUGGUACCACGACAAAUUGGAAUAAAAAUUUGGCAAUAUCCAUGGUUAUGUUGUGCUAAUUGGUUUAUCCAUCGACGAUUAAUGCGGGAAUAUCGAAAU